AUGGGGCUGAGUGGUGCCAAACCAGCUAGCACACCAUUGGAAGUGAAUUCCAAGUUGACAACAAUGGAAUAUGAUCAGGCAAAUGGGAUCACAGGGGAUCCACUUUUGCAGAAUGCUGGUGCUUAUCAGAGGUUAGUAGGAAGGCUCUUAUAUGUUACCAUUACCAGGCCAGACAUCAAUUAUGCAGUGCAGGCAUUGGGUCAGUUUAUGCAAUCACCAAAAAGGUCUCAUUGGGAUGCUGCUUUAAGAGUUGCAGCAUGUCUAUAUACUAGAAGGCCAGUUACUGGAUAUGUCAUCAAAUUUGGAGAUUCAAUGAUUUCUUGGAAAUCAAAGAAACAACAGACUGUUUCAAGAAGCUCAGCUGAGGCAGAAUACAGGAGUAUGGUAGCCAAUAUUGCUGAGAUUCUUCCACCAUUGGAGUUCCUUGUAGAGCUCUUCAUGCCGGAAUCAAAUUCGUCCGUGCCUGCGUCUGGUUCAUCUGUGCCGGAAAUUGUAACAAUUGACCACAAUCAUCCACUAUCAAUGGGACCUUCCGAUAAUCCUAGCUCACUCACAAUACCGGUGAAGCUCACAGGCUCGGAGAACUAUGGGCUUUGGAGUAGAUCUAUGAGAAUAGCACUCUUAGGGAAGAAGAAAUUAGGCUUCAUUAAUGGUAGAUGCAGCAGAAAUGCGUAUGAAGAAGAGCUGCUUGAACAGUGGGAGACAUGCAACGCCAUUGUUCUCUCAUAG